AUGGACACCGAGGGCCGCCCGGGGCCGAGGCCCGCGGACCGGCAGAGCCUCGGCUGCCCCAGGCUCCUGGAUCCCCUCACCAUGUCACCCUUGGGCUCCCCGGUCCUUGCCCGUCUCCCCACUCACCCCGUGGCUGCCCUGGAAGGCGAUCACGGGCUCCGAGAGGGAGGUGGGGGACCGGCAGAGGGCAGCGGGGGGCCCGGCCGGGGCAGGCGGGUGCGGUUCCGUCUGCCCCCCACCGCCAUCGCGCUGCCGUCAGUGCACGAGGAGGAGCAGGUUUUCUACCGGCGGCUGGAGGCUCUGGUGACCCCAGGCCCCGGCGGCUUCGGGCCGCUCUUCGCGGCCGACGGCUGGAGCGACCUGACGGAGGACCGGCUGCUGCGGAAGCGCGUGGUGAGGGACGGGCAGGACGGGCUGCGGCCGCGGCCGGGGCAGGAGGUGUCGGUGAAGGUGCUGGGCGCGCUGGAGGACGGAGCGCUGGUGGAGCGGGACCCGCGGCUCACCUUCGUGCCGGGCUACGGCGACGUCGUGCAGGCGCUAGAGCUGGGCGUCCCCACCAUGCAGCCCGGGGAAGUUGCCUUCUUCCUCGCCGCCUUCCCCUACGGCUACGGCCGCCCCGGAAGGUAG